GCCGCUGCACCAGACGCGGACGGGCUCGGGCGGGACAGGACCGGAAGGGUGGCCUCGAAGAUUGACCUGGGGAAAGCGCUCGGCGUGGUGAAUGCGACCGAUAGAAAUUCUGAUAACGAAGGAGAUGAUCAUGCUACGGCUGCAUCUUUACACGACGCUCACCUUCCAUUCGACGCGACAGCGCUGGAGCAGCAGAUGCAAAAGACGGACGAAGAAUUUGCGAAGGUCGUUGGGCCGGUGGCAAGAACAUCAAGCGGCGGCACACAAGAAGUUCUUGGUCGACGUCCACCAGCGAAGACGCAUGAUUUUUCGACCGGUCGCUACACCCACCCAAAAGAAAUGUUCAAACUCCUGAAAAUUCUCUCGACCCACGAAGACCUGGCGCUGCAGAUCCGGCAGGCGUUACGGCGCGCGGACGCAUUUUUCGAGCCGACUACCAACACAACCUUGCUGACCGGUGAGGACGUUGCGGGGGAAAUUGAGAAUUUGGCGCCGACGAGGAUCGUGCUCGGGGGUGUCGAGAACUUGAAUAACUACGAAGGGACGGAUUACAAGGACGAGCAGCAGUCAUUUCACCGACAGCCGAUCACGCUUCAUUCCUUCCUUCUCCCUUUAAUCGAGCACACCACCUACUUCAACCAUCACUGGCAACAUUUGCAGAAGUUCAGGAAAAGCGUGGUAGCGGGGCGGGAGAAGCAAGUACAGGAAGUUCUUCUUGUUCAACAACAAAGGUUGCGAAUCAAUGCCGGACAGGAACUACAGAAUGGCGAACAGCAGCAAAAGGGCCAAGAACACGAGGAACAACAUGAUGACCCGCCCUGUGACGACAGCAAUGCUGUACUACUCUCCUCGCUGCGGAAAUCCAUUGAAGACGAGUUGGAGUACAUCGACGAGUUUGUUAUAGCGAAGUUCUACAAGCAAAACAUCUUCGAACUGCGCACCAAACUCUUCCGCAUCCAACAGGAAUUCGCCCACCUGGCGUCCAAAAUCGGGGAUUUCAUGGACAAUGUAGCGAAGAUCUACUACGAGAGACUCGCACCAUUGCAGCGGAUCGGGUGCGGGGAGGACGUUUGCAGUGGGGAAAUCGCCCGAAAUAAGGUGCAGAGUCGGGAGAUCGUUUACUAUCAGCGGGAACUUGUGGCGGAUAAAGAGCCACUACAGCAGGGCGGCACAGCAAGUUCUACCGAGAUAGGAUCGAAUGCGGAACAACUGCAAGAGCACCACCAAGUAGUAGACGAGAAAAUUAUGGAAAAAAUCAGCGAAAAACUGGUCUACCCCAAGUGCGAGCUGUUGAAGCAGUCCCCCGGGCUUCGCAUGGCCGAGUCGCACCUGUGGCCCCCGCCCUUGAGGAUCCCAGAAAUUUACCGACGCGAUCUUUUGCUGUACGGAAAAGCGGUAAAGAAGAACGCGUUCUACAUGCAGAAGUCCAGUAACGACAGCUGGGCACGAGAGGUCGUGGGGGAUCAUGUUCAUGAUGAUGGAGUAGAAUCUAGUACGUCAAAACCUUCUUAUUUAGAGAACAAUGACGAGGAGAAAGGCGACCAGAUGCAAGAGGACUACAAACCCGGCUCUUUCGCCAACGAGGAAACUACCCAAUUCGAAGACCACAAUCGUCCCAUCGCUCCGCCACUCCAGGAAGAGCUGUCGCACAAAUGGAACGCGCAGACCUUCGGAAAACUGCUGCUCCGCAAUCCUUUCGGGUGGAUGCAACACGUAUCCUGUGCAAAAGUAUCGCACUCGUAUUGCAGUCAUGCAUUACGAAUCUUUCUCAUUCAUCUCUUAAGGUAAAUCAGCAUUACAAAUUUCAUUUCUCGUGCUGAGGAAAUUUGUAAUGCAUUUAUCCGAAUAGGAAUACGAUAACGAUACUUUUGCAAUUCAUGACACGCUGGGUUGUCGGAAAACCGACGGAUUGCGCUGGAGACCAAGCAGAAACUUUACCGCAACAUCUUGGAAAAGAGAGUAUGCAUUGCAAAAAUGUCUGGGUCUGGAAGGUUGGAGCUUGUAAUGCUAGCUUUCCAUACCUAGAAAAUCUGCAUUGCAUAACCAACAAAAGUCGCAGCCUCUUUUGUCAUGCAAAAACACAGUUUCUCAUGCGGAUUGCAUAUCAGAAAGCGUUUUGGGAAGUUGUCAAGCCGGACUGCAUUCGGAAGCGUUUUCAUCGUGCACAUUUUAGCAUCACAAGUUUCCAGACCCAGACACAUUUGCAUCUCAUAGAGAGCGCUCAAGCGCGACUACGCACUGAAUCUCUGGACGGACAGCGAUUUGGUGUUUCUCCUAUGCAGUGCAAAAGUAUCGCACUCGUUUUAAUUGCGUUUAUGCAUUUACAAAUAUUUUUCUGAAGGCAAAUCCGCAAUAGAAAUUCAAUUUGUAAUGGUAAGUCGAUUUGUAAUGCAAUUUAUACUAGCGCGAUACGUCUGCAAUGCAUAUCUCCAUUUCGUAAACGAAACCGUUUCCAGUUACCAAGACGACACGGUCUUCAUUCUUGACGCGGCGAUCAUGCGGAACCGCGAUACGUUUUUCGCGAAUUCGAACAAGACCUUACUGAGAGGAAAAAUCCCCCCUCCCCACAUUGAAAAGGUAUGUGUCCAAAAAUUUGUGUUGCGGAUUUGAGGUCACAAAUCACAUCUGUUUUGCAAGAAGACAAGGGCAGAAGCUUUCGCCCCAUUAUGGAGGCGGUUUGUCAUGCUGUUAGGCCUAAAGGGGAGCCGUUUGCCAUGCUGAACAACUAGACACAUAAGCCCCUACCUAGCCUGGGGAUCUGGCCGCCAUUCCUCUCUGCAAUACAAAGCUGAUUUGUGGCCACGAAGCAGCAUCACAAAUUUCCGUUUUGAUAUGGGGCGGGGGGAUUUCUCAUUUUGAUAGACCUGGCACAACGAGAACGACAAAACGGUGUUGCUGGGCCAGCAGGAAAUUAAUUUGAAAAUCGCGGUUCUGGGCAGUGAGCAGCCCUGGAUGGAGAUUUUGCUGCUGUACCGCUUCUAUCAAAUGCAAUAAUGUCUGGGUCUGGAAGGUUGGAACUUGUGAUGCUAACCUUGGACUCUAAAAAAAUCUGUAUUGCAUGACCAGCAAGAGGAGUCUAGUUGGUGCUACGCGGGCGGGAGAGCAUUUGUCAUGCGGAGUAGGCAUCAGGAAGCCAUCUAAAAAUCUGUGAUGCUAGGGCGUGCAUUACAGACAUCCUGGGUCAUGCAAAGUAUGCAUGACAAACUCGGCAACACUCCAGACCCAGACACUUUUGCAUGUGAUAGCUUCCCCACCGCGAUCGUAACCACGGUUGACUACCGGAAACCACUAUCCUGUGCAAAAGUAUCGUAUUCGUAUAAAUGCAUUACAAAUUUCCUCAGCAUGAGAAAUAAAAUUUGUAAUGCAGAUUUGCCGUGGAAACAAGAUUUGUAAUGCAAGACUUGCAUUAGCAUUUGUACGAGUGCGAUACUUUUGCACAGGAUAAACCACUAUCCUGUGCAAAAAUUGUAUCGCACUUCUCGUAGCAAUUAUAAUCGCAGUCAUGCAUUACAAAUUAUCUCUACCCCAACGUAAAACAGCAUGACAAAAAAUUCCAUGUGUCAACAUGCUGACCGAAUUAUUUGUAAUGCGAUUUCUACUACUAGUAAUGAUGCUUUUGUAAUGCAUAACCACCCGUGGAGGGGCAUCCGGACGAGCUAGACGGAGUCUUCGACGAGAAGAAAAGCACGUCGAUACAACCCCGAUACCCCCACAAGCGAUGGCGGUUUUUGUUUUUCCACGAGCUACUGACGAGCGAUGUGUCUUUCGAUUUUGACAUAUGAACUGCAAAAGCAUCGCACUAGUAUAAACUGCAUUACAAAUUAGCCCAGCAUUACAAAUUGAAUUAUUUGUAAUGCUGAUUUGUCUUGAGAAAGAAAUUUGUAAUGUAUAAAUGCAAUUACUAAGAGUGCGAUGCUUUUUGCAGUGGAUAUGACAUGUGGUUUUCCUACUCCUCCAUCGAGCACGCGGGGUUGGGACGGUACGGCGAUGCGCUGAACCCCUUCGCGGACGUCCAAACGAUGGCGCUGAUCCACUGCCACACGAAAAAAUUCGGGAAAUUUUUUCUCGGGCCGGCGUGCAUCGACAGUUGCGGAUGGCUGGAAGAGACGACUUCCGACACGGUUUACUUCAACGCCGGCCGAGACUACGGACGCAGCGGGUGGUAUGGGGGUGUCAGGUUCGAAAUCGACAAAAUCGAAAAAAAUGUGAUGCACAAAAUCGAUGCCAGUUAGACCUGCAGUUUGUAGUCGGCGCGGGACAGUUCUUGUAGACUUUCCCCGUUCUCGAAGCGAAUCUGUCAUGCGGUAGUUUAGGGCCAAAGAGCUCGGCUCCCUUAUGUCAUGCUAGUCAGCAGCCCAACUCGCAACCCUUUUCAGGACUAUGAUCUGCCUUCCUGAUUUUUUCGACUUUGUUGAUUUCGAUCCUGACGCCUUCAUAGAUGGGCCCGGUUGCUGAUGAGUUGGGCGGUCGAUUUGGAGUUUAGCAGCCCCUGGCUGGAACGGGAGAAGCAAAAGCAAACCCCCGCCGCAAAGCAAGAAGAGUACCUGAGGAAGGGCGGUUACUUAGCUUUGGUGAAAGUCUAG